AUGUCGCACCAACCACAACAAUGUCCAAAUUUCCGGGAGCAUUUUGCCCUCAUCUAUAUUGAUCGAAAGGGAAACCUUCGCCACGAGGUAUCUGCUUCCAUCUUCGAUAGUGCCCAGUCUAUUCUAUCCCCACAAGUUACCGAAGCGUUCCUGAAGGCGGUGGCAGAACCAAGGACAAACAGCUUUCCAGAACCGCCCGACAGCCAGCUCGAGCCAUUUACAGCAUCGCUAGCGUCUAACGUACCCAGGACACCAGAGAAAAGGGCAAUUCAACGAGAAAUAAGGCGCGCAAGAACGGAGGAGCAAGGCUGGAAUGCCGGAACGGCCAUCUCCCCUACCCCAGCCCAAAUCCACGUCACGGCCCAACUCCCCGUCAAUCAGAGAGAUCUUCUUCGCCGAUACUAUGAAAAGGUCUUUCAGAAUUUGCAGCAGGCGAAUUGUAGGGUGAUUUCCAAAAUUUACAUAAGGCUUGCCGAGCCACGUAGGCAAGCUCAAUAUCCCUAUAAUGGAAGGAAGUCCGUGGAGGGCAAAAUGCAGCAGUUCAAUCCCGAAGAGACUAAGCCGCCAUGGUGGCCACUUGGUGUGACUCAUCGGGAACCUGACCAUCUUCCUAAAUCUGAACGCUUUGCGCUCCUCAUCCAUAUUCUUUGCGAAUUACGUAUCAGCCAUGGAAUCACCGCGCGAAAAUUGAAAAACGCAGAGCGGCUUGUUCAACAUCAAAUUACUCCGAAUGAGCGAUUGCAGCUAUUGGAUGAACUUUACUGGGUCAGAGAGGAGGAGGAAAAAUUCUUGGAUGCAGUGACUGGUAGGCUCCACAUAUAA